UUUCCCUUGCAAUGGCUACUUGCUCAUCAUCUGCUCCUUCGUUCGAUCAGAAAGACAUAAUGGCAAUGAUGGAUCUACUUGUGAAGAGAUGCACGGAAGAGAUUAUCUUCACAUCUCCUUUAGGCGAAAAUGUUCUCUACCUCAGUCCAACAUUUUCUCCGAAUGUUUCGGUUGGUGAAGUUCAACCUUUAGAUCCAUUUUUCCCUAUCUGCCCAGGAGAAGAGAUCCUAAUCAAAUCUGGAUCUAUCCCUGACGCAACGAACGCACCGAAGACUCCUAGAACAUGGUCGAAGCCUCUUCCAGAAUGGGAGGACUGGUUUGUUCAGGUGUUGUCCCAUCAUGAAGAAUCGUGGAGAAAUAUGGGCAUUUUUGAGUGCAUAAAGCUCUCUCUUCUUGAGUAUGAAGUCAAUCCAUCUGUUCUGCUUGCACUUUCGACAUUUUGGAGCUCCUCCACCCAUACUUUCGUAUUUGGCUGUGGUCAGAUGAGUUCGACCAUCAAAGACGUAUGCCAUCUGACCAAGCUGUUACCCUUCGGGAUGACGUAUUAUGCGGGUGUUGCCAUGAAGAGACGCAAAGGUAACCUGAGCAAGGCAUAUAAAGGCUACACCAACUUCAUGAAGGCCCAGCACAAAUUUGAGGGUCCGUUCGAAGAAGAUGAGCAUGUCGCCUUCUUCUUUGGAUUUGUCAUCAUUUGCUAUGUCGGUGCCCAUCAAGUCACCUCCGAAUAUGUCGUCUUGGCCGAAUACCUCGCCUAAGGCCAUCGAAUAGCCUUGACACCGUAUGUUCUCGGUCACUUGUACCGGGGUUUAUACGAGGUUAUUCACAAAGGCCUACACU